GAGCCUGCCGGGUGAAUUUUCAAUUCACACAGGGACUCACUGUUGUACGCUUCAGUGAGAUGGCGACCCUGGGCUGCCGGUAGCCAAUCGUCUGACACUCGUGCUAGCAACUCGUAUGUCGGACGUUAAACCUCUUUGCUAAUGAAAAGAAGAAAAACAAGUGCGCGAACGCACAGAAUAGUGUAUUUUUUGGCGGGUGGAAUGUGAGGUCAUGUGUUAAACAAUCAAAAAAAGAACUUAUUAUUAAACAAAUGAAGAAAUAUCGGAUCCAAAUAGCUGCUCUUAGUGAAACAUGCAUUUAUGAUUCAGGGGUUAAACUGAUUAAUGAUUACAGUUUGAUCUAUUCUGGUUUACCAUCAACAAAUAAAACCAGAAAUGCACACGGAGUAGCCUUGUUAUUAGAUGAAAGUGCUACAAAGGUGUGGAAAAAUUCUGGAGCAGAAUGGGAAGCAAUCAGCGAAAGAAUUAUUAAAAUUAGAUUAGUAUGUACUCCAAUUAACAUUACUAUAAUUUCUGUUUAUUCACCAAUUAAUCCAGUUAAUAAACAAAUGACUGAAGCAAGUGAAAAGUUUUACAAUGAUUUACAAGAUACGGUAAACAAAAUCUCCACAGAUGAUAUGAUUAUAAUAAUGGGAGAUCUAAAUGCAAGGGUAGAAGGUGGUCAAGGACUACCAACAAUAAAUAACUGUGUUGGACCUUUUACAGUUGAUUCAGUAAAUGAAAAUGGAACAAAAUUAACGGAUUUCUGCAUGAUUAACAAUAUCAUUAUCGCAAAUACAUUCUUUGAACAUAAACCAGUUCAUCAGAUGUCUUGGAUGCACCCGAGCUCAAAGGUUUGGCACAUGCUCGAUUAUACUUUGGUGAACAAAAAAUAUAGAUCGAGUAUCGAGGAUGUUAGAAUGUUUAGAAGAGCUGCCGGGGCAAUAGGUACUGAUCAUCACCUAAUGCGUAUUAAAAUUAAACUUCAUCUUAAAACCAGAAGAAAAUUACAAGUGAGAAGAACCAAAUAUGAUUAUACAAAAUUUAAAAGUGAAAAGGCAUUGGCAAUGUUCCAAAAAGAUAUUAAUGAAACAUUGUCCGACGUAACUGGUAAGAAUAUUAAUUUUAAUGAAAAAUAUUCUUUAUUUGUAGAAAGUGUGAAAGAAAAUGCAGAGAAGCAUUUCAAACUAGACAAAAAUAAUAGUAAACGAAAAGAAUGGUUGACUGAUGAGAUAUUGCGGAUCGUAGAACAGAAGUCAACAGCCUUUAUUAACUGGCAAAAUCAUCGUGGUGACAAAUCAGAGGCAAUAUUCAGAAACAAAUAUAAACGUCUUCGAAAACUAGUUAAGACAAAAAUUGAUGCACGUCAGGUUGAAUAUUGGGAUGAAAUAUGUGAAGAAAUAGAGAAGAAUAUUAAAGUAAAUAAUCCAUCAGCAGCCUUCUCAAUAAUUAGACGGUUACGUGGAGGAAGGAAAAGUGUGGAAAACAUGCCAAUUCGCGACAAAAAUGGUAUGCUACUAGUCACAUCAUCUGAUCGAUUAAGACGCUGGCGGGAAUUCUUCAAUGAAUUACUCAAUGUUCCUCAAACACUCAACAGCGAUCUCAUCAAUGAAAUUUCAACUUCGUCGUUAUCCAAGGUGGAAGAGGAACGGCAAAAUGCUGUACCAUCUAUUGAAGAAAUUAGAAAAGCAUUAGGUCAAAUGAAAUCGAAGAAAGCACCUGGUCACGAUGAAAUAACAGCUGAUAUCCUUAAAGCUGGUGGUGAACCUAUAUGUAGGUGGCUUUAUGAAAUCUUUGAAGAGGUAUGGAGUAAAGAAGAAAUGGUGGAAGAUUGGAGUGUAGCCAUCCUUAUUCGGUUAUUCAAAAAAGGUGACAAACAGCUAUGUGAUAAUUACCGAGGAAUUUCAUUACUUAGUGUGAUUAGCAAAUUGUUUUCUCGCAUAAUUCUUAAUCGUAUUCAACAACUAAUUGACAAUCAACUAUUAGAAGCUCAAUCUGGUUUUCGUCCUAAUAGAUCAACAAUUGAUCAUAUUUUUAUAUUAAAAAUGAUAAUGGAAAGACGAAAAGAAUUUAACAAGCCCUUGUUUUUAUGUUUUAUUGAUAUUACCAAAGCUUACGACUCUGUGAAUCGUAAUUUAUUAUGGAAGGUGUGUAGAAAAUAUGGUAUAUCAGAAAAACUUGUAAAUCUUCUCAAAAUGUUAUACAAGAACUCAAAAGCAAAGGUGAGAAUUGAAGGUGAGGUAUCGGACAGUUUCUUAAUUGAAACUGGAGUUUUGCAAGGUGGUAUACCAUCUCCAAUUUUAUUCAACCUGCUGUUCGAUUUUAUCAUUAGAAAGGUUAUAGAUCAAGCUGGUGCUUCUGGAGUUCAAUUUGCAUAUGGAAAUGAUUUAGUUGUUAUGUGCGAAACAACAAAUGAUUUAGAAAUAUUCAUUAACACAUUUGAAAUAAUCACUCAAGAAUAUGGACUGGUUAUGAGUGUAAAGAAGACAUGUAUCAUGACAUUGCAACAAUAUGAAGAAGAUCAAAUGCGUAAAGUAUUGAAAAAUUUAGAAGUGAAUCAUCCUAUUAUUGAUCUAAAUAUUCGUAAUCAAAAAAUUGAUAAUGUUGAUUCAUUUACGUAUUUAGGCUGCAAUGUUACUAGAGACCAACGACCUGAUAAAGAAUUAGAUAUACGGCUAAGGAAAGCUGCUACAGCUUUUAACAUGCUGAGACAUGUGGUCGAUUAUGGUAUAGCUAUUACUGGUAUUGUGGAUGAAGAUUGCGUAACAUUACCAGUUCACUUAUCUGUUUCUGAAUGGGAUGAACCUAAUCCAACAUAUCAUGAAGAUCCUAAAGAAAUGCUUGGAAUUGUUACAGUAAAUAAUUUAACAAUUGGAUGUUUCUAUGCACUCUUGCGAUAUUCAUCUUACAAAUCUGUGCCGACUAGAGGAGAUGCCAAUGCUUUUCUACAAUCUAAUUUUGAUGAAAGACAUGAGUUUAUGGCAGUCAACACGGACUAUGUGUAUGAAGAUCCAAUGGCAAUAUUAUCAAGUGGAUCUGUGUACUAUCGUUGUGUUUUAAUAUCUGAGUAA